AUGCCAUGUAUUAGAACCGUGAGACAGUGGGAAAUCAGGCCCACGGUUACGGUGCGCCGCGUCCGCCACUCCAAGACCCUGAUGUGGCAACGAGUGAGGGGGCUGGCCCGAGCCUGUCAGCGCGGCGUGGGCUACACCGUCAACUACAAUGAUCAAGACAGGGAGGAGCAGGAGAUUGUGUGCCUUGAGCCCAUGGGAUCAGAGCGGAUGGAGAUGCGAAAGAGGCAGAUGUCGGUGCAGCAUGAGGCCGCACCGACAGGACAGGCCCAGACCCAGGGACCCAGCCCACGAGCAGGACAGGCCCAGACCCAGGGACCCAGCCCACGAGCCUCCAACGCCUGCUGCUUCUGCUGGUGCUGCUGCUGUAGUUGCUCCUGGAAUGAAGACAGAGAUGACAGGAACCGAAAAGUCUCUUAUGACGUUAAAGAGGGGACCGCAGACUGUGAAGAGUGCCCUAAACCCACACUGGAGGAGGUGCGCUUGUGGGGCCAGUCCUUUGAUAAGCUGAUGUGCUGUCCAGCUGGCAGAAACUCCUUCAGACAGUUUCUGCGCACAGAGUUCAGCGAGGAGAAUAUGCUGUUCUGGUUAGCCUGUGAGGAGUUCUGCCAAGAGACCAAUAAAAGUGUGAUCGAGGAGAAGGCGCGCAUCAUUUACGAAGACUACAUCUCCAUCUUGUCUCCGAAAGAGGUGAGUUUGGACUCCCGAGUGCGCGAGGCCAUAAACAGGGGCAUGCAGGAGCCCACCUCUCACACGUUCGACGAUGCGCAGCUCCAGAUCUACACGCUAAUGCAAAGAGACUCAUACCCCCGCUACAUGAACUCCCCAGCUUAUAAAAACCUUCUCAACACCCUAUCAGAGCAGUCCCCCGAAUCCUAG